AUGCUCCUGCCAGCCUCCGCCCCGCUGCCGCAGCCGACGACUGCCAGCAGCUUCUCCCUCAUAUCGCUCAACGUUCUUCUCCCAAACAGCCAUGACGGCUGGUGGAUCUACAAGUACUAUCCGCCAUCAGUGGCCGCGGCAGAGACGACGUGGAGUGCUCGCAGCCGCCUGCUGGAGGAGCUGCUGCUAAUCGCCGAUGCCGACAUCAUCUGCCUGCAGGAGUGCUGCGCUGCGUCGUUCGAGUCCGACUUCUCAUUCCUGCAGCGCGCCGGGUAUGCAGCCUCGCUGCUUGGAAAGGGCCGGAUGCGGCCGGCGACGCUGUGGAAGACGUCUCGUUUCGCGCUCUGCGACGCGGCGGGCGCCCCGGCGCCGCCUCCGCCCGAGACGCCGCCGCAUGAGACAACGACAGACGCGGAGGGUCCGGCAGCGGCAGGCCAUGAUGGCGGCGGCGCGGCGGACGCGGAAGAAUGCGAGUGGGCCGCUCUUCCUGCCACUCGGGGCGCGGCCGUGACGCAGGGAGAUCGGACGCUCAUCACCACGCUGCAUCUCAUCGGCGAGGACGGCUCGCCCCGCGGCACGCCUCCGCUCUUUGUCGUCAACUGCCACCUCACGGCAGGGCAAGAGGCGCGCCGCCGACUCUCGCAGGUGCACGACGCGCUCGACCGGGUCCGCAAGCAGCGGGCGAAGGCGCUCCCAAAGGGGCACGACCCGAGAGCGCCGUGCGUCGUGUGCGGCGACUUCAACUCGCAGGGCUCCACCGCCGUGCGCGAGCUGCUGCUGCGCGGCGAGGUCCUGCCCUCCUUUCGCGAGAGCGGCGACCCGACCGAGCGCGACCAGGCGGGCACCGCGCUCACCUCCAAGCCGAAGCGGCAGGGG